CGCAUAAUAAGAUAACGAAUAUAAUUUCAGUGCGUAUUGUGAUUUUGUCCAUUAAAUAUAUUUGUCGUGCCUUUAUAACAGUGUGAAAAACCGUCGUAAUUGAGUUCGCCGCGCGUUCGUGGUCCUAUUUCAAAAUGGCGUCAAGCGCGUUGGUUUAGAAUGCGUCAUAAAUAGACGCAGUGCAAGUGUGUUCUAUAAUGGCUAUAAAUAGAGGACUAGCAUUGCUAUAGUUGCAUAUUUGCGACUGAAAAUGUCAAAUACAGUGAUUACUAACUAUACGGAUUUAAAUGGACCUUCAACAAAAGCCGAUAGUUCUGUUGUUGUUAUUGUAAACAAGGAUGGAUCACUUUCUGUGGAUCAGAACCUACUGGGAACGUUAAUGGGAAGUGAUGGUUCCCAAGCUGCUGGCAUAAGUGUGGUUCGUGUUGGACAUGAAGGCCGUCCUGAUGAUGCUACUGAUUCAGAGAGUGAUGACGAUGACAAAGUCCCUCAUGUAACUCUUUCAGUUGAUAGUUAUUAUGGAGAGCCAAACAGUAUCAUAAAAUACGAUAGUGGAGCCGAAAUGUUGCAAUCGCUGAGGAUAGAGACAAGAGAGAACAGUUUGGUGGGGUUCCAGAAUGACCACUGCUACACUCCACUCACAUCACCUAGUCAAGGAGUGCCGCAGCGAUCAGACAGCUACUCAGGUUAUGACGAACCAGUACUUGAAAUCACACAUACCCCACCUCCAAAGCCAGUUCCACAAUCUAAAAAGAUUACAAUACUAGAGGAACAGAUUAUUCCCAAAGGGAAGAAAAUUAUUAUAAAUCCCACAGAUUCAUCACUUCUGCUUAAAUGUCAUGACGUCCUUUCCAAACCAUUACCAGUCUUGCCUAAAUCUAAAAAUAUGAAUGAUUUGGAAAAGAGCUCAGAGACUACAGAGUCAUCAUCAAUAAGUUCUGAAGAUAGCAUACCGGAUAGGGAUUCUGACUCAGAUUAUAAAGAUGCUAAGGACAAAACUUCUUUGAGAAGUGUCAGAAAGCCAAAAGUUAAACCAAGGAUACUAAAAAAUAUACAAGUUACCAAACCUGGAAAGUUGGAUCCAAAGAUAAUGUCUAGAGUCAAAUCUGGCAAAAAUAUUUUGAGAAGGGAUGUCAAAGAACGAGUCCAGCAAAAGAGCAUCUUGAUAAGGAAACAACAAGAACCAGAACCCGUGACCCCAAAAGAGACAAUACUUGGCACUACUGAUAUUCCUGUUCCCGAAAUUGGUAAAGUAGUUUCUAAACAUAUUCCAAAACCUAUAAAAAAAGAAAAGAAAACUCCUGCACACAUGACAGCACUUUUGUCAGACAUGACGUCUUUGUUUUCAACACCUGAUGUUAUCAGAAGAGUCUCAACUGAUGGUAAAAAUGUUAAGCCAGAAAAAGAACCUGCACCUCCUAGUAAAAAGGGAGUCAGUCUUCUCAAAUUACAAGAGCCUGGUGAUGCUAAAACAGCUGAGAAUAUUAAACUUCUGGACAGUAUAGAAAAAGCUAAAAAUUUAACACCUAAAACAUACACAAAGCAAAAGGAUAGAACUGUUUCAGCAGACAAAACAGCAAAAAGCUACGAUCUCAUUCCCCAGCUUGAUGAUGUUAGUUUGGCACAGAUACUUCAAGACACUACUGGCAUAUCAACAACACCAAAAGCACAACCAAACAUUACUACAAGCAAUACUGUGAGUAGUCCAGGUUUAGCUGGCCCAUUAUCACCAACACUUGAUUUGUUGGGUGGUUUACAACCCGAAGAGGAAGGGUUGACUGAAGAUUUGUUAAUGCACGUUGCACAAUUGGUUGAAAGUUCGGAAAAUUUGCAAGAGGUCAUUGAUAAGCAAGUACUGGGCAAAGUAGACACUGUGCCUGCUAAAUCUGCAGUUCAGUCUCCAUUCCAACAAGCACAUGCUGCCAAUGACUAUCAACAGACACCAACUAGGUCAGCAAAGACUAUUUUGCCAAGAAAAGAUCCUAUAGAGAUAGUCAGGCGAGAUGGUCGCGUUAUUACCCUGCCACCAAUAGAAGCUCCAGCUACAAGAUCAUCCAAACGGAAAAGUCAGAUGGAGACCUCUAGUGUUGCAGAUACAUUAGUGACUCCAAUUGAGACCCCACCACCACCUGCUCCACUGUCCGUUACACCUGAACCUCAAGUACAACAUGUUUCCAAACAGUACAUCAACCGGAAAUUGACAGUGAAAAAACAAGAACCAGUCGCUCAAACUCCUGUUGUUGAUAAGUUAUCUGCAGAAUCUCAAGAAAGCUGGAAUUCAGAAGAUGAUCCCAACAGAUUGUGGUGCAUUUGCAAGCAGCCACACAAUAAUCGUUUUAUGAUUUGUUGUGAUGGGUGUGAGGAUUGGUUUCACGGUAAAUGCGUCAAUAUCACCAAGGCUAUGGGGCAGCAGAUGGAAGAGCGUGGAAUCGAAUGGCGAUGUCCUAACUGCAUCAAGAAAGCAAAACCCACUCCUAAAUCUGCUACUAAAGUAACAUCAAUGCAAAAGAAGAUUGAAUUGAAUGACAGUCUUACAGCAACCCAAUCCCCACUUCCAAGGGACAUUGGUAGCAAAACAGUUUGCAUAGUAUGCAAAAGACCAGCUCGCGCCAGCAGUAUUUAUUGCAGUGACUCGUGUAUAUUGAAACACGCACAGGACUCAUUAGGAAAUCAAACUUCUCCCAAUAAAUCCGACAUGGACCCUGGGAAGUCUCAAGAAAAACAGAAAUCUGAUUCAAGAGUUAUUGUUUAUGAACGCAAAACAGGAAGACUGUUGGCUGGACCUAACGCUCCCACAGCAGAAAACCUAAAAACAUGGCUCCAAAAGAACCCCACUUUUGAAGUUGUACGUCCUGGUACGUUGCACACAAUAAAGCCUAAUCUGGCUAAGAAGAAAUCUAAUGAGCCGGGUAAAAUUCAAACUACACUGAACUUCGAAAGAAUACCACGGAAGUCUGCGGAGCUACCAAUGACGCCUAAAACGCCACAACAAGAACCUAAAGAAAAAAUUACUAAAGUUGUAAUAUCGCCUAGAGAAGAGAUAAGACCAAUACCUCAACCUCGAACUCCUGUAAUGUUAAGAUCUCAACUACCUGACUACCAAGAUACACCGAGACCUAGCACCUCUACUGCUAAACUGACUGAACCAAAGAAACCUCUUCGUGCAACUGCAACCCGGUCUCAAUCAACUUAUGAGAAGACGCCUACAGUUUCGGUUACGACGUCGCGUAGGAAGGAAACACCUGAUGCGAAAAAGAAAAUGGACUCAACAGAGCCCAUACGGGACAACGUACGAAAAUCUUUACAAGAACAAAUGAGUAUCAGGAUGACAGAAAAUACUGGUCCCAAAUUUAAUGAAGAACAAAUUAAACAGUACGCGUUCGCAACUGAAUCGGAAUUAUACGAGCUGUUUUCGAGAGAUGUCGGCGUUAAAUAUAAAGCCAAAUACAGAUCUCUAAUGUUUAACAUCAAGGAUCGAAAGAAUCUGUCACUGUGGCAGAAAAUUUGUGAUGGGACUAUCACACCUAAGCAACUGGUGCGGCUAUCUCCUGAGGAACUAGCUAGUCAGGAACUCGCAGAAUGGCGAGAUCAGGAAGCCAAACAUCAGUUAGAGUUGAUCAAGAAGUCAGAACUGGAUCUUUUGGCUGCCAGCAAAACCUACGUCUUGAAAACCCAUAAGGGUGAAGAGGUAAUGGAGACUAAAGAAUCUGUGUCUACAGAAUUGGACCCUAAUGUCCCAGUUGAAGAUGUGGUAAUUGCACUGAACGAUUCCACUGUCGGCGAACAAGUUACGAAUGAAGCAAUACUACAGCCUGCAACCGAAAAAAGUAAAGAGGACAAGAGCGAAAAACACAGUAGAAAACGGAAUCGUGAAGAUAGUAUACACUCAAAGAAAAGUCGGCGAGAUUCUAAGCGCGACUCUGACAUCAGAAAGUCACGCUCCUCUCGACGGCGGUCAGACGACAAAGAGACUAGAGAAGGAAGGUCUACGCGUCGAUCCGCCAAAAAAUCUAGCCGAGCUAGAUCGUUGUCACGGGAUAAAUUUAAAAUAGAAUCGAAAGACAAGGAAGAACGAUCAAAACACAGAUCUAGAUCGCGAUCACGGGCUAAAUCCAAGAAACGAUCAAAGACACCUCAACAUUCCAGAUCACGAUCAAAAGACACAUCUCGCUCUCGAGCGCGCUCCAAAAAACGCUCGCCAUCCCGGGAGGAUCCGAAGCGGCGGCGUAGCACUCGCACAAAACACAGUUCAAGCACGGAGGAAGUUACACAUCGCUCUAGAUCUCAGGAAAAUAUUUCCACCAAGAGCAAGAAUGACUCUACCGAUUCUGAUUCUAUAGAAAGACCUAAGUCAGCAAUGUUAAAGGAAGUACAUCCUGAAUAUGACCCACAUGAACCGAUGAUAACUUCUGCAUUCUCUGAAGAAGAUUUACGGAAGUCUGGGGGUGAUAGCUACGAGGAUACAUACAAAAAUGAGAUAACUGAUUAUGGCGACACAGAGUAUUCGAAAGCGUUUUCUAUCGAAGCCGAUGAUAUUUUACCCCCACAAAAGUGCCCGUUGAGAGCAGACAGAGUUUCAGAAGCUGAGAGUGAUCAAGAACCAAGCAGUACAGUAGAUAACGCAGCUGUUGCAGUUUGGAAUGGAUGCAUCAAUAUGGUUGAUGUAGCUCGCUUUUACGUCGCUGCACACGAGGUGUCUGGUAAUGCUGCAGACUUAGAAGAGGAUCUUACUGCUGAAUUGGAUAUUGUAGGCAGGAUAAACCCUGACACGGUGUGGGACUAUAUUGGCAAAAUGAAAAGAGCCAGCAACAAGGAUAUCAUAAUCUUGCGAUUGCAAGCUGCUAAUGAUGAGGAAAAGAUGCAAUACAUUGCACUAUAUAGUUAUCUUAGUAGUCGCAAUAGGUUAGGCGUGGUAAAGGUGUCGAAUACCACGAAUGUGAAAGAUUUUUACAUCGUGCCGCUGCCUUCGAACACGACGCUGCCCUCUGUUCUGCUGCCGCUUGACGGGCCCGGCCUCGGAGAGGUCAAAACACAUCUGCUGCUCGCCAUUGUUAUCAGACAGAGAAAGAAACGACACGCCCCACACAUUCCUAAAGAUCAUAUACCGGCAAAGGUGGCUCGCGAGUCUAGAAAGCGGUCCUACACGCCGCCUGUGGUGGGCAAGAGUACGUACACGCCGCCGGCGUCACCACGUCGACGCACGGCUGCAACGCCUGUUGCUAACUUGCCGCUCCCUACGUAUACAUCCCCUGCACUCUCCACUUCAGUCAAGGAUAAAAUAGCUGCUACUCUAGCAUCCGCAAAUGAUGAAGAACCCUACAGUCCAGGAUCAUCCAGCAGUAGUAACAGCGGCCCGCCAUCGACGGCACCGGCAUCAACUACGCUCCGUUCCAAAAUGGAUGAACUUAAUCGCCAAAUUGAGGAGCAGAAACAGCAAAUCCUUAAAAUGGCGCAAGCAGACUCGUCUGUGGGAGAGGAUGAAGCUUACUCACCCUCACGACCCAUGACGCCACCAUCAGUAGUUCCUCUAGCGGACAUUGCGCUUCCUUCGAAUUUACAAGAGAUCCUGGCUACAAUCAAGCAGCGCUCUGAACCCACCACUGGCGAUGUGGAUAUGCGCAAUCUACCCUUGCCUUAGAUUUUGAAAAAUAUUUCAUCACUUCGUAAAUAAUAAGCACAAGUAUAGUUUUAAUUUAUAUGUAGUGCAUAAAUUUAUGCGUAUUCCUUGUAAAUUAUUUUCAAGCAUUUUAAUUCCGCCUUCCAGUGCUGUUAUUUAAUGCCAGAAGGCCCUUUCAUUACGCGUCAGCUACACGGACCCGCGUUUGUCUUACUAUAGACAGCUACUGCAAAUCACGGAAACAACCAGUUUACGUUGAUAUUCGCGCCAAGCUGUCUAUUUUUAGACGACAGGGUUGCGUGAGCGGACGCCUUCCAAGACAUGUUUGUUGUAAAUUUCUACUUUUGUAGAUUUAAUAUUAGGUUUAAUGAAUGUAUCAUGCUCGACAUGAAUUCAGUAAUAUAUUUUUCCUGAGAUGAACUGGAAAUAUACAGAUUUACAGAGCGUAUUAUUGUAAAAUUUUAUGUGCAAUAGGUAUGAGAGAACAAAAUUGGCUCUAUUUUAAAUGUUAAAGUUGAUUGUAUUCUGUAUAUAAAUUCUCUUGGAGAUCUUAUAAUUGUGUACAAAAUAAUAUUAAAGGAUUUGCUUAGUAUUAGCAUAAUAUAUAUGGUUGGUGUUUUAAUCACAUUCCUUCUCUAUAAUGAUAAUGAAUGACAAAUGAGUAAAGGAACUCUUAACUCUCACUCAGGGAGGUGCUAAUAAUAUUUAGGAAGUUAGAGAACAGUAUUACAAUAUUUGUUAGAGUCCCUAAUUUGGGUAGUAAAGUCGACAUAU